GUUCCGGUUUUAUCGAAAGACUUGCAAAUAGCGGUUAUAUUGCAGCACAUCGUCAGGGAAGCCGUUGGAGAGAACGGCCAUUUCGUGAGGAAGUAAUCGAUCCGUUUGGGAUCACGCCAGGUCGUCAAGAUGACUGCUAUACCCGGAACAGUGGCGUUUGAUGAGUACGGCCGGCCCUUCAUUAUUAUUCGCAACCAGGAGAAACAGCAACGCCUUACCGGUCAUGAUGCGAUCAAGUCACAUAUUCUAGCAGCACGCAAUGUUGCUAACAUUCUUAGAACAUCCUUGGGACCUAAGGGACUGGAUAAGUUGAUGGUGAAUUCAGAUGGAGAUGUUACUGUAACUAAUGACGGUGCAACUAUUUUGAAGAAUAUGGAUGUAGAACAUGAAAUUGCCAAGUUGAUGGUCCAAUUGUCAAACUCUCAAGAUGAUGAGAUUGGUGAUGGCACUACUGGAGUAGUUGUAUUAGCCGGUGCACUUCUAGAACAAGCUGAACAGUUGCUAGACAAGGGAAUUCAUCCAAUCAGAAUCGCUGACGGUUUUGAAUUAGCAGCCAAAUGUUCGACUGAGCAUCUCAAGACAAUAACAGAAGAUUUCAAGGGAACUCCAGAGAAUUUGGAGCCUUACAUUGACAUAGCUAUGACCUCAUUAGGCUCAAAAAUCAUUAACAAGCAUCAUAGACAGAUGGCAGAAAUAGCUGUUCAAGCUGUAUUGGCAGUUAUGGAUCCUGUUACUCGCGAUGUUAAUUUUGAGCUAAUCAAAAUAGAAGGAAAAGUCGGUGGUAGAUUGGAAGAUACUGUUUUAGUACGCGGAGUGGUUGUCGACAAGGACUUUAGUCAUCCACAAAUGCCUAAAAGGUUAGAAGACGUCAAAUUAGCCAUCUUGACUUGUCCAUUUGAACCACCAAAACCCAAAACAAAACAUAAGUUGGAUGUCACAUCAGUCGACGAUUAUAGAGCCUUGCGCGAUUACGAGCGUGAAAAGUUUACGGAAAUGGUGAAGCAAGUUAAAGAUGCUGGUACAACCCUGGCUAUUUGUCAGUGGGGCUUUGAUGAUGAAGCCAACCAUCUCCUGUUGCAAAAUAAUUUGCCUGCAGUUAGAUGGGUUGGUGGUCCAGAGAUUGAACUAAUUGCCAUUGCAACCGGUGGACGCAUUGUACCUCGCUUCGAGGAAUUGACGCCGGAAAAACUUGGUCAUGCUGGUGUUGUCAGGGAAUUAACGUUUGGCACAACAAAGGAUCGAAUGUUAGUUAUCGAAGAAUGCAAGAACUCUCGCGCUGUGACGAUCUUCAUUCGCGGCGGCAACAAAAUGAUUAUCGAAGAAGCGAAACGAUCAAUACAUGAUGCAUUGUGCACUGUACGCAACGUAGUAAAAGAUAACAGGAUACUUUACGGUGGAGGCGCGGCGGAAAUAUCUUGUGCGCUGGCAUGCAUGGCACAAGCUGAUAAAAUUGGCACUUUAGAACAAUAUGCCUUCCGUGCUUUUGCUGAAGCUUUGGAGAGCGUUCCAAUGGCGCUUGCGGAAAAUUCAGGCCUUUCUCCGGUAGAUACUAUAGCGGAGAUUAAAGCGCGUCAAUUAUCUGACAACAAUCCCGCUCUUGGAAUCGAUUGUUUAAAUCGAGGCACACCGAAUAUGAAGAAACAGAAUGUCAUCGAAACGCUGACGAGCAAGACACAACAAAUUUUGUUGGCUACUCAGCUCGUGAAGAUGAUACUGAAAAUUGACGAUAUACGCUCGCCACAUGACAACGGUGAAAGCUAAAAAUUUUGUUUGAUCAAUUGAAAAUUAUUUAUAAAUUAUAGUAAGGUAACCUGAAAUAAUUUUCAAUUCAUUAUUUUUUACUUGUACACCAAUGUGGUAAUACAAUUAUUGAGCGAUACCCAAUUUACAGGCACUAUAUUUCCUCCUAUAUUUCCUAUAUUUACUCUUGUACAUUAGAAUUUUUCACGUAGAAUACAGUUAUUGAAUCAAGAAGUAAUGCAGUUUUGAUAUGACAUUUAUCGAUUUUGGUUUCUUCUUGAUUAUGGAUUUCUGAUCUCUUAAAUCGUAAUAUGUAUCACGAUUUAUAUAUUGCCUUAAUGUUGUCUUAGACUAUUUUUGGAAUACUCUUUUCUAUCACAAUAAAUAUAAUAUUCUUCUUUUAUAUUCUAUAUGUGAGAUGACAGGACCGGGAAUCGAACCCGGGACUUUUAAAUUGAAUAAGCGAUUGCUUUACCACUAUCCAGCACCUCGACUUUAUUUUCAAUAUUUUCACUGUAGGAACAAAUAAAUAUGUCACAUCGAGUCAAGGUGUAAGUGUGUAAAUAUAUUCUGUCUAUAACAUCUUUAGGGAAGGGAUAUUUUCUCGCUUUUCAGACAUUAUUCUGUGGAAUGCGUUUGUAAUGCGCGAAACAAUGGCAGACCGAACGAAAUAACAAACGAAUAUUGAUACGAUCUACU